UAUUGUUUAAUGUGUUACAAAUUGUGCUGAAAUUCUUUAAUCAUAUGUUUUAAUAUUUAUAUUGAAAAAUAUAUGAAAUAAAGAAAUCAAAUAACAUCGUGAUCAAUCGUAGUAUCUUUUGUAAAGAUAAUAAUAAGUGUAUAUUAAGACAAGUUUAGAACGAGUAUCUCUAUUUAGUUUCUGUAGAGAAGUAACUUUAUAAUUUUGCGUUAGAUUCUCCAGAUUAUAAAUAAAAUUCUAUAAUACACCUGUUUUAAUAUUCAAAACACUUCAAGAUGCCUAAGGUAGUUUCGCGGAGUAUCGUAUGUUCGGAUACGAAAGAUCAAGAGGAGUAUAAUGAAACGAAGCCAUUGCACAUAUUUUACUGCAUAUGUGGACAAAUGACUCUCAUUUUGGACUGCACCAUCGACCGCUUACCUUUAAGACCCACAGACGGAGCCAGAGUUAUCGACGGAUCCAAACACGCGCACAAAAUCACUUCAGAUCCCGAUGAAACUGUAUACUUGAAACGGGAAAAGGGUAUAGAGCGCCAAUAUAGAAUGAAAUGUAAGAAAUGCGCUGUGCCGUUAUAUUACAAACAUGUACAGGACAAUAAUAUUGUGUUUAUUAUGAAAGACGCACUAGUCCAGUCGGUCGGAGAGGGAGGAGUCACUGAUAUUUAUAAACAAGUCGCUCUGACGCAGCCCAAGAAGAUCAUGGUUACGAAACACACAAAGAAUAUGGGUAAAUUCAGUUCUGUAACUGUGUCAACUAUAGAUGAAGAAGAAGAUGAGAUAGAAGCGAGAGAGGUAGCCGACAGCUAUGCAAAUAAUGCAAGGAUCAUAGAGAAACAGUUGGAGAGAAAGGGGAUGAAUAAACGGCAAGCAGAAACUCCUACUCAGCAAAUGGAGAAGAGAGUACGGGGAACUUUGAUUGAUAAAUAAAUUUUAUUUUAUAA